GCCAUGCCUCAGUGAGUCGGCGACCGCGGCCUGGUUCGCUUCGGGCUCCGCCGUCUCCGCGGCCUCCGCCUCUCCUGCGCCGCCAGCGCCGCCGCCUCGGCUCCCUGCCUGCCCGUUGGAGGCCCCGCGGCCACCGCAGCUCCCCGCAGCCGCCCCCGCCGCCAGCCGCAGCUCCGCCUCCACCUCGAGGCUUCUCACCCGAGCUCGGCCGCCAUCAUGUCUGCUACAACUCCUGAGAAUCCAAAUUCAGCUGUCUCCAGGGAGGCCAGCACCCAGUCCUCAUCAGCAGCUACCAGUCAAGGAUAUGUUUUGCCAGAAGGCAAAAUCAUGCCAAACACUGUUUUUGUUGGUGGAAUUGAUGUUAGGAUGGAUGAAACCGAAAUCAGGAGUUUCUUUGCCAGAUAUGGCUCAGUGAAGGAAGUGAAGAUAAUCACUGAUCGAACUGGUGUGUCAAAGGGCUAUGGAUUUGUUUCAUUUUAUAAUGACGUGGAUGUGCAGAAGAUAGUAGAAUCACAGAUAAAUUUCCAUGGUAAAAAGCUGAAACUGGGCCCUGCAAUCAGGAAACAAAAUUUAUGUGCUUAUCAUGUGCAGCCACGUCCUUUGAUUUUUAAUCCUCCUCCACCACCACAGUUUCCGAGUGUUUGGAGUAGUCCAAAUGCUGAGACAUACAUGCAGCCUCCAACCAUGAUGAAUCCUAUAACUCAGUAUGUUCAGGCUUACCCUCCUUAUCCAAGUUCACCAGUUCAGGUCAUCACUGGAUAUCAGCUGCCUGUUUAUAAUUAUCAGAUGCCACCGCAGUGGCCGGCUGGGGAACAGAGGAGUUAUGUUAUACCUCCGGCUUAUGCAGCUGUUAACUACCACUGCAAUGAAGUUGAUUCAGGAGCUGAAGUUUUGCCAAAUGAAUGUUCAGUUCAUGAAGCUACUCCAGCCUCUGGAAAUGGCCCACAAAAGAAGUCUGUGGACCGAAGCAUACAGACAGUGGUCUCUUGUCUAUUUAAUCCUGAGAACAGACUGAGAAACUCUCUUGUUACUCAAGAUGAUUACUUCAAGGAUAAAAGAGUGCAUCACUUUAGAAGAAGCCGGGCAGUGCUUAAAUCUGAUCACCUCUGCUAACUUUCUAGUCUCAGGAGGGUGUUGGUGUUGAGUAUUAAGAGACAGAAAUGUUUUCACUAUUGCAGAAAUUUUGGCAAAUCACACUCAUACUUUAUAUACAAGUUAGAUUAGAUUGCCUAGUUUUAUGUUGAAUCUGUUCAUUAGAUGUUUAUAUAGAAACUGUUUUGCGUUCACUAUAUAGUUGAAAAAUAAUUGCAAGUAUAAAAGGAUAAAAAAUAAUUUUCAAAUAAUUGAAAAAUAGUUAAAAGGAAUAACUUUUAAGACUUAAGGACUUUUAAUUGAAAUUGGCAUUUUAAGAGUUCAAAAGCAAGUACUAAUUUUCAAGAAAAAUAUUUUAUAAAACUAUUUUGAAAGGUCAGAAUUUUGAUAGUUUGACUACAAGCAUUUCACUUCUCAACAGGUACCUGAACAGUACAGUAUUGUGCUUCACAUUUAUUAUUUGUCUAAACAUUUGCCACAAGAGCAGAAUUUUUAGAACUGCAUUUUUAAUCAGUGGAACUCAACAUAUCGUUAGCUUUAUUGAAGUCUUCCUUAUCUAAACCCAGGAAAACAGAUUCUUAACAGUCCAAUCAGUGGGUCUUACAUUUAUACAAAAUAUUUUACCCUUUAGCUAGAAGCCACAUAUAUGCACAUAUCCUGUUUAUUUGGUUGGGAUGGUAAUUAGGAUAUCUAAAAUUCUGGGUAUAAUUUUGUUUAAAGAAUCCAAGACAAACUAAACUUUGCUAGGUGUAUAAGCUAUUUUCAGUGAGUUAAUACUCUCAUUUUCUUAAAAUGCUAAUUAAACUCAAUGGCUGUCUUAAAAUUGUGCAAAAUACUGGUAUUAAAGAGUGCUGAAAAUUUUUUAUGUCACUUAAAAUUUAAUCAGAGUAUCUGAAAGAAAUUUUUAUAAAAACAUUCAAAGUAUAAGUUGUUACAAAGUAAAUAGAUCCUUAGUUUUAUUAGUCAGUUGUAUUUCCUUUUGUAAAGUAAAAUAUGUCCAAAACAGUCAAAGUAGGUAAUUUUGACAUUUCUAAACCACAAAAUUUGUUUUGUAAUUGUAUCCCAAGAAUGUGGUAGUUAAUCUGAUUUUAGAUUAGAUGGUGUCUUCAUUGGACAUUAUACAUCUUGACAGCAGAAACCCUUUGUGCCCACAGUCAUUUGUAAUCUGUACUCCCAUUCUGUCAGAAUUGUUCCAUGGUAUAAAGUAGGCAAGUAACAGUUAUGAGCUGUUCAGGGGCUAAGCCUUACGAAUGUAGCACUGGGACAGUACCUUUCUAAAGGAAACAAUUGGAUGGACAUUAUCUGACCUGCCAUGGACAUGAGUUUUAAAAUGCCUUGUAUUAGUCCUCCCCUUAAACAUAGAGAUUGCACUUAACCAUAAUUUACUGGAACCACCAUGGGUUGUGACCUAUAACUCUUAAUUUUAUUCUGUAUCUGAAUAACAAAAUAUUUUUAAGUUACCAAGGUCAGUAUACCAGAAAACUAGAAAGUGUCCUGAAAUUUGUUCUUUUAUCUGUCCCUUGUUUAUUUCAGUAUAUUUGUAUUUUUUAUGUGCGUUAUAUUCUUACAUGUACCACUCUGUGAUUAAAUCUCCAGCUUACUAUGAAUGAUACCCUAAAUUCUAAAAACAAUUGUAAUUAUUGCUGUAUGGCUUUAAGGAAAAGUAAGGGAAUAAACUUUCAUCUGCUGUUUUGUUGGAGUCAAGAGAAGAGAGAAAGUACUGAACCUUUCAAAAUGGAAGAUUAAUUUUAAACUUAAAAGUAUGUUCCUAUUACCUAUUGCUGAUACUGUCUUUGCAUAAAUGAAUAAAGCUUUUUUCAAAAAUA